AUGUCGAGACCAAAGGUCCUCCAGCUGGGCGAGAUCGAGCACGCCCACGAAGCCUGGUCCGGGCUGAGCUCCGUCGCGGACAUUGUCAAGCCCAAGGCGACCAGCCGCGCCGAGUUCCUCGACGAGUGCAGGUCCGGCGCCUUCGACGGCGUAAAGGCCAUCUACCGCACGUUCGCGAGCGUCAGGACCACGGGGCGGAUUGACGCCGAGCUGCUUGCUGCGCUGCCCGAGAGCGUAGGCUUCAUCUGCCACAACGGCGCCGGCUACGACCAGAUCGACGUCCCGGCCUGCACCCCGCGCGGCAUCCUCGUCUCCAACACCCCGACCGCCGUCGACGACGCCACAGCCGACAUCAACAUCUGGCUCAUGCUCGGCGCCCUGCGCAACCUCAACGCCUCCGUCCUCUCCCUCCGCGCCGGCCGGUGGCGCGGCCAACCGCCCCCGCCCCUGGGCCGCGACCCCCAGGGCAAGGUCCUCGGCAUCCUCGGCAUGGGCGGCAUCGGCCGCAACUUCGCCCGCAAGGCCGCCGCGUUCGGCAUGCGCGUGCGCUACUUCAACCGGACCCGGCUCGACCCGGCCCUCGAGGCCGAGUGCUCCGCCUCCUACGUCGACUUUGAGACGCUGCUGCGGGAGAGCGACGUCAUAUCCCUCAACCUACCUCUAAACUCCCACACGCGCCACACCAUCUCCCACGCGCAGUUCGCCCAGAUGAAGCCUGGCGUCGUCAUCGUCAACACGGCGCGCGGCGCCGUCAUCGACGAGGCCGCCCUCGUCGACGCCCUCGCGUCCGGCCGCGUCGCCAGCGCCGGCCUCGACGUCUUCGAGAACGAGCCCGAGGUCCACCCGGGCCUGCUCGACAACCCCAACGUGCUGCUCGUGCCGCACAUGGGCACCUGGACGGUCGAGACCAGCGUCAAGAUGGAGGAGUGGGCCAUCGGCAACGCGCGGCGGGCCGUCGAGGAGGGGCGGCUCAAUAGCGUCGUCGUCGAGCAGAGGGAUCUGGCGAAGACGGGAUAA